AUGAAGAGCAGUCCACAAAAGGCCUGGCGAGCAGCAGCAGAAAAAUUGGCUGCUGCCGACUUUCUUUUGAUUGCAACAGGCGCCGGCUUUUCUGCUGAUUCCUCGCUGCCAGUUUAUGCGGACAUCGCCAAAAUAGACGCGUACGAUAAAAUGGGCGUGACGUACCAAGAUCUAUGUGAUCCGUACAUGCUCGAGCAAGACGAAGAAAUUUUCUAUGGGUUUUGGGGCAGUUGUGUUAAUUUAUACAGAGAUACAAAACAUCAUCGAGGAUACGACAUUUUACUCAAGUGGAGAGAUGCUAUUCGAGCUAAAAGAACGUUAGAAAAUGGCAAUCGCACAAAUGGAAAGAGAAUGAAGUUUCAAGCUUCUUUUGAUCAGCUAAAACAGUGUAAAGCUCUUCCAGCUGAAGUGACGAUCGAUUCCGUGACCAACGACCCAUUUUUUGUCUACACGUCUAAUGUUGAUUCGCACUUCAAGCGAGAUUUUGACGAUAAGGAAGUGUAUGAACUCCAUGGCAGUGUGGAGACGUGGCAGUGUGCAGGCGAUGUUGAGACUGGUGCUCGAGUGCCAUGUGAAAGGAUCUGGACGCUGCCGGCCGAAUUCCGCUUUGAUUUGGAUGAGCCGACAAUGAGAGCGUCUGGAGCGAAAGCGACGACUUGCCCGAAAUGUGGAGGCAAAGGGCGACCGAAUGUGCUCAUGUUUCAUGAUCGCCAAUGGAUUGCAAACAAAUUAGAGGAGAACGGAUACAUUGCAUGGGAAUCCGUGAUGGAAGUUAUGCUUCAAGAAGAUCCAAAACUGAAUCUCGUCGUGCUUGAAAUGGGCUGCGGAACACGGGUUCCAUCUGUUCGUAGAGAAACCGAAAUGGUUGUUGCGGAUGUGAUUGAGGGCUGCAAUCGCCCCCAAGCGACACUCAUACGAGUCAACCCUGAAAUUCCUACCUGUGAUAACCCUCUUCUUAUCAUGAACGAGGGGUUUAUUUCCAUUCGAUCGAAGAGCCUAGAAGCUUUAGAAGGUAUUGACCGAGAGCUCACCAACCUCCAGCAGAAGGCUUAA